AUUUAUCAGUAGCUACUCAGAAUCACACUCACGUGUGUGUCCUUCCAGACAGAAACCUUUCACGGAUGUCAGUUUAAAGCCCUCGGAUUCAGGUCGGCAUUGUUUCUAAAGUGAUAUAACUCUGAAUUGAGUGACCGAUCUAACGGAAUACGUCAAAAGUGACGUCACCAGUGAUGGAGCGAAGAGCGCAGGAAACUUCUGAGUAAUAGAGUAUUUAUAAAGAGAAAACUAAAUAUAGCUUUACAGCUGGCCGGAAGUGAUAUAAUGAUACAUUUAGAAAAGAAAUUAUAGGCUACAAUUUGUAAUAACAUUAGAGAAGUUCCAGGCCCGGACUGGUCAUCGGGAGCACCGGGAGAAUUCGGUGGCCUGGCAGCUGAUUUGUCCCGCUGCCCUGUUUUUCUUUUUAUUUCUUUUUAUUUAUUAUUAUUAUUAUUAUUAUUAUUAAUAUUAAUAUUAAUAUUUUAUAUUUAUGCCUUCUCAGUGUACCAAAGUGAUAAUUUCCGAUUUUUUCAUUCGAUAAUAAAUCAUAAAUCGGUUAGUCUUGACUGUCAGCACUGCGCUGUACGAAUCAGCUCACGUGUGUUCCGCUUCUAUCAAAUGAAACGAUUCCGAGUCCGACUGAACCGAAAGCGGCCAGAAGCAAUGAAAUGCAGCUACAUCACUGACCUGUUCAGGGCUUCAAGUGCAGGUGUAGCUGUUAUCAUGGCAACCAGUGCGGUCCCUAGCGACAACCUCCCAACGUAUAAAUUGGUGGUUGUGGGAGAUGGAGGAGUGGGAAAGAGUGCUCUUACCAUCCAGUUUUUCCAAAAGAUUUUUGUGCCAGAUUACGAUCCUACUAUUGAAGACUCCUACUUGAAACACACAGAGAUCGAUGGCCAGUGGGCUAUUUUGGAUGUUUUAGACACAGCAGGUCAAGAGGAAUUCAGUGCCAUGCGAGAGCAGUACAUGAGGACUGGUGAUGGUUUCCUCAUUGUGUUCUCUGUGACGGACAAGGCCAGUUUUGAACAUGUCGACCGCUUUCACCAGCUCAUCCUACGAGUCAAAGACCGGGAAUCUUUCCCUAUGGUUUUGGUGGCUAACAAAGUGGACCUGGUGCAUCUGAGGAAAGUGACAAAUGAACAGGGCUGUGAGAUGGCAGCCAAACACAACAUUACUUACAUUGAAACAAGUGCCAAGGAUCCUCCAAUGAAUGUGGACAGAGCCUUUCAUGAAUUAGUCAGAGUUAUCAGAGAGCAAGUUCCAGAGCGGAGUCUGAAAAAGAAGAAAAAGACAAAGUGGCGCGGAGACAGAGCCAUGAGUUCUCACAAGCUUCACUGUGUGAUAUUGUGACUACCUCUCCAGUUAAAAUCAUCAGCGUUUGGCAACAUAAACUGCCAGAGAGGACAGACUAGAGAUCUGCACUAAUCAGAGGACCACAGACUUUAUCAAAAGAACUGGCAUGAAGUCAGACUAUCUCUUCCUGUCUCAGGGAAGCAUAUUAGGUGAGUCAAGGGAUCCCUGCUGCCAGACCAAGGAGGAGCAAUCAGUACAACACGUCUAAUUUGAAGCACUGCCUGAAACAACAAAAAUCACAGCCAAUCAGAAAAUAUCUGAUGUUUAAUAUUCUAUGUGGGAUAAAAUUUUAGACCAGUGAGAUUGCACAGUGGGCAGAGCUAGAAAGAUCCAUCAAAACCUAAACCAUGCACCACAGUCAUUCACACACCUACAUCAAAAUUGUCUGCAGCUUCCAAACAUUCAUAGAAUUAUGUGGAUGAUUGUUUUGCAGAGCUGUCUGAGCAUUGUUUUCAGUAGUUAAAAAAAUGAUGAAGGGAUAUUGUUGUUUUAACCUUCAAGGAAGACUAAAAUCUGCCUUACAAAGGCAUAUUUAUUGACAUGUUUGAAGGAAUAUGUAGCUAUAAUAGAACUUGUUUAAGAAAACUUAAGUGUCAUUGAGUGUUUGAUACGUUGUCAAUAUUGCCUUUAAAGUUAAGCACAAUAAGUACUGACAUGAUUGAUGGGCCCAUUGCACUAGCAAGACUUUUUGCACUUUCAGUAUUUACUCAUGGGCUUUUGCUGUUUAUAAUUGCCUUGUGAUUUUAAAGGCUGGUGUUUUUGAUUUUGUUGCACACUUACAGUACAGGUGCUCUAAGCCAUUAUUAUAAAUUUUUAUAAUAGUCACACAGAAAAUGCCCUCACUAGCUGAUAGAUAUCAAUAAAAUAGGUCCUAAGAAAUCACAUGUCCCGGUGACAGCUCUGUAAAUUAGAAACACUCCCAUAUAUAUAUUUUAAUUUGUAUAUUGAAAAAGUAACAUAUGGUUUCAUCACAACUAUUAAGCAGCACAACCGUUAUUGAUAAUAAUAGAAAAUGUUUCUUGAGCACCAAAUCUGCAUAUAAUAAUGAUUUCUGAAAGAUGAUGUGAAUGAUAACUGGAGUAAUGGUUGCUAAAAAACA